GGCCUAUUUGGGUAUUUCCUUGGGCGGGCAGCCCUCACCCUGUCCUUGAAAUGGUUCUGGCUGGGUAGCAGCCUCUAGGUGGUGUGGAUGAAAUUUGGGACUGGUUAAGGGCGGAGACGAGACCGAGAACACAAGUUUCCUUGUGCUGCUGGGGAGAGGGAGGGCAGGAGGAAACUGGAGACCCCAUUUCCACCCUGGCCACUCUCUUGCUCACAGUCCACAAUGGCUGGGUCGCCAGCGUUCCUCGGUGUCAUCAUUUUGCUGUCUGCCUUCUCAGGGCCUAGUGUCGGGGGUCGCGCCAUGCCCAAGCUGGCUGACCGCAAGCUGUGUGCUGAUGAGGAAUGCAGCUACCCCAUCUCCGUGGCUGUGGCCCUGCAAGACUACGUGGCCCCCGACUGCCGUUUCCUGACCAUACACAGGGGCCAAGUUGUGUACGUCUUCUCCAAGCUGAAGGGCCGAGGGCGGCUCUUCUGGGGAGGCAGCGUUCAGGGAGAUUACUAUGGAGAUUUAGCUGCUCGCCUGGGCUAUUUCCCCAGUAGUGUCGUACGUGAAGACCAGACCCUGAAACCUGGCAAAAUUGAUGUGAAGACAGAUAAAUGGGAUUUCUACUGCCAGUGAGCUCAGCCUACCACUGUCCCUGCUGGGUUUUUUUUUCCUUCCCGGCUUUAUGCAAAUAUAUCAGCCAAGUGCAAA